UUAAUGCGGGUCGAAGUUCAGACUUCCAUUGCACACACGUGAAUGAACUUUAAUAUCGUCUGUCCGUCCGGAUCCAUGAUAAUAUUUAUUUUCCGUGUUUACAAGAGCUUUUCCAGAUCAACAAAUAUACUUUGCAGAUUGGUAUCUGGUUAUGUUUUAACUCCCAUCUAAGAUUCUUGAUAAAGAGAGACAAUCAUGGGAUUUGACGUUAGAAGGCUUGAUGUUUACCGAAAGAUUCCAAAGGAUUUAACGCAGCCAACAUUAGCUGGCGCUGCUGUUUCAAUAUGCAGUAUUUUGUUCAUUGUGUUCUUACUUCUGUCGGAGUUCACCACUUUCAUUAAGCCAGAUGUAGUCAGUGAGCUGUACGUUGAUAACCCGGGAACAGUUGAAAGAAUGGAUGUGCGACUUAACAUCACCCUCCCACGACUAUCAUGCUCAGUUCUCGGGUUAGACAUACAAGAUGACAUGGGCCGACAUGAAGUCGGGUAUGUUGACAACACAAAGAAGAAGCCUAUCAACAACAUGAAAGGGUGUCUGUUUGAAACAACAUUCACUGUGAAUAAGGUUCCUGGGAAUUUUCACGUGUCAACGCAUGCGGCGGGGAUGAACCAGCCCUCCAAGCCUGAUUUUGCCCAUUUUAUUGACCAGGUGUCCUUUGGUGAUGAUUUAUCGAAUUCAUCGGUUGGCGAGAGAGCAGCUUUCAACCCACUUUUAAAAAAGGACAGAUUAGAAUCCAAAGCUGAGUCGUCCCAUGACUAUUACAUCAAGAUUGUCCCGACGGUUUACGAAGAUCUCUGGGGUAACCAGAACAUAUCCUACCAGUACACCUUUGCUUACAAGGAAUAUCAGAAUAUGGGUCACGGCCACCGUGUUCUGCCAGCGAUUUGGUUCCGCUACGACAUCAGUCCAAUCACGGUGAAGUAUCAUGAGAAGCGAGCGCCAUUUUAUUCCUUCAUUACAACCAUAUGUGCCAUAGUGGGUGGUACCUUCACUGUUGCCGGUAUCAUCGAUGCCUUAAUAUUCACAGCGGCGGAGGUCUUCAAGAAAGCUGAACUGGGCAAGCUCCAUUGACUAACAGCAAAUGUUAUCCUUGUUUUGUUAAUUGCCUGAUGAAGGCCCGUAGGACUAUUUGCAAUUUCGCAGAGACAAAUUGUAGAGGAAAACCUUGCUUGAUAUAAACACUUGACUGGUACUGGUUAUCUGUGAGAUUGUUUUUUCUUCUGGCAUGUUGCCAUUUCGAAAGGGAAAAAAAAUAGAUUUUAAGAAACUUCAAACAUUGUCAAGUGGUACAUCUUGUUAAAAUUGUUGGUACGCAAACUCAACCUAGCUCUUCAUUCAGACAGUGUCAGGUUCAGUUUGUUGCUCUGUGGUAACCGACUCUGCUACACGUUCAACUCAUGAAUAUUCAUGAGCUAGUGCCAAAUUCUAACUGGUCAAUUAACCAUCCCAUGCAGGCGAACGUUCAGUUUGUUGCUCAGUGGUAACCGACUCUGCUACACGUGCAACUCAUGAAUAUUCAUGAGCGAGUGCCAAAUCUAACUGGCCAAUUAACCAUCCCAUGCAGGCGAACGUUCAGUUUGUUGCUCUGUGGUAACCAACUCUGCUACGCAUGCAAGUCAUGAAUAUUCAUGAGAGAGUGCCAAAUUCUAUCUGGUCAAUUAAUUGCCCAGGCUCCAGCCAUAUUCUUGUACCACGGCAAAGACAGUACCUUUGAAUGUGGGGAUGAACGGUUCGUAAAGUGGAGCUUUCUGUGAACCAAAGUUCAUACAAAAACCUCUACGUUGGGCUUACACUAUUUUCUCGAUAAGUACAUGUACGUGUAUAUCUGCUGAGAUGAACUUAAAGGUUAAUUUAUUUUUGAACAGAUUAAGAAUUUCAAUUGUGUUUGCUUCUCAAGCCAUUCCAAGAAAGGAUUAAAGGCUAAUAAUUGUGUGGGCCUCUACUUUAAAGUGGUUUUAACAGGAUAGAGCUUUUGUCAGUCAAUAAUCCUUGUUGCAAGGAGUAUCAGUACAGGUUGUUCCCAAAAAUAAGGUUUACACUUUUCAGAUGCAGAUUUCUCAAAACAGGUACGUUGAAAUUGUUUUAGAUACAUCUAUUCCAAAACUACAAGAUCUUGGUGAUAUACGUCUAUGGUGAAAACAGCGUUGAAAAUUAAGCCUAAAUCAAGAAAUGACAGCCAUUUACAGAAAAAUGGUCAAAAACCAGUUUGUCCACACGUGUGCAUGAGAUUAUGGUCUUUGUUAAUGCAGUUCUUUCUGUGUACAGUGUUAUUGUUGUGAUCAUGUCUCAUACCGACAGACUUGCGUGUGGACAAACUGGUUUUUGACCACUUUUCUGUAAAUGGCCGCCAUGUCUUAAUUUAGGCUUUAUUUUCAACACCGUUUUCACCGUAUAGGCCUACCACCAAGAUCUUGUAGUUUAGGAAUAUCUGAAAACAAUUUCAACAGGUCUCUUCAAUUCUGAGAAAUCUGCGUCUGAAAAAGUGUCAACCUUUUUUUUGGAGCACCCUGCAGAAUCUUAAAAGCUGAUCAAUGACAAUUACUUUUCUGUUGGUAGCAUGUUUGCAUCUUGACUCUGGUGUAUUGGUUUUUUGGUGUAAAUUUCUUUGUGCCUUUUUCUUGAACAAUUUAAAAUUAUGGGCUCCGUGCACCAACAAAAGAGGGCGCCACUGCGUCUUCGCGUGCGCGUCAGGCGUUGUUGUCGCGCGAAUACCCUAAUACUAAUCCCCGCCUCCAAUAACUUUGGAUACAUUCGAAAUACGCAGUGGAUGGACCGGGAACCAGUCUAGGUCACCCCAACUCUCCUUUUUUGGCCGUUGAUGGGGUACCUGUGCACUGAGCCCAUAUUCCCCGUGCUUUGACAGACUUUUUUCCUCUCUUUUUAAAUGUUCAACUUGUAUGUUUUACUUGAAUAACAUUACAAAACCUCAGUUUUUCUGUUUUGCGUGUCCACAACCCUCUGGAAAAAAAGAGAUUAUUUUGGGCACAAACAGAUCCGCCUUGCAACGAGACUGGCUCCUGGUCCUUGACAUUAUCCGUACUGAUUACGGGGUGAAGCGGGAACCAGCCUACCCCGUGAGAACGAAAGUAUUGUCGGGUCGCAAAUAAUCAUUCAAUAGCUAGAUAUGGGUUGAUUUUUUGGGGGUCCAUGUCUCAUUCAAAAGGGACUGACUAUUUUAUUGCAAGUGGUUUGAGCUUAGACCAGCACGUACUACAGCACCACGAAAACGUUUCGCUCCUAGAAGUGAGUUGAUCGAAAAGAGCUAAUUACAAAUAGGCCUAACUGAUUAUAUUGCAAGAAAAAUAGCAACUUAUAAAAGAAAUCUAUUUUCGGUAUAAAAUUUGUAAAAAUAGCACGGGGAUGACACCUUUCAUACAAUAUUUACAUGCAUUUUGCAAUGCAUUGACACCACUCAGAGAAUGUGAAAGGCUUGGUUAAAAUAUUGAUGUUUGGUGGAUCAAAAAUGGCGAAGUGGUUCGGGGAUGGGGCGUUUUAUGACAUGUGCCAAAAAUACAAGGGUAGACGUUUGAAAUCCACUCAAGGUUUGAUAUUUUGGGUGACGAUGUGUACCUGGUAUAAAUGUUUAUGCGAAGGCAGCAAAUUAUGGUCCAGUUUAUUACAAAAAACCGCGAUGGCAGAAACAGACACUGAUAUCGUACAACCUAAGGAUUGUGAUUUUGUGACUAACUUUUUAUGUACAUGUAGGCCUACGUGUAGUUCGAUUCUCUUUUUUUCAUUUCUUGUUUUAAUUUUUUACUUGAAUUUAUAUCUGUUUUGGGAUCAUUUUGUUCUGUUUGACCAGUUUGUCAAGAAGGUUAACAAAACGGAGUGUCUUUCAGUUUGGUGGCAGUUUGUAUAGAAGCCAUGGCUGCCAUAUGAUAUGAGUUUUAUGGGGUAAAUGUAAAAAAAAA